AAGCCUCAAGCAAGCAGAGCGCCGUGACAUCACGAAACAUAUAGAGCUAGCUGCUCUGCCUCUGCUUCACCAAUCACCUCGCGGAGGGGAAGGUUUCCCCCUUUGACACAGCCGAGCUCCCCUCCAUCAGCAGCCAGCUCCUCGUCGCAAAGCAAGAAGAUGAUGCUCGCGUACAUGGACCGCGCGACGGCGGCCGCCGAGCCAGAGGACGCCGGCCGCGAGCCCGCCACCACGGCGGGCGGGUGCGCGGCGGCGGCGGCGACGGAUUUCGGCGGGCUGGCGAGCGCCAUGCCCGCGGCCGUGGUCCGCCCGGCGAGCGCGGACGACGUGGCCAGCGCCAUCCGCGCGGCGGCGCUGACGCCGCACCUCACCGUGGCCGCCCGCGGGAACGGGCACUCGGUGGCCGGCCAGGCCAUGGCCGAGGGCGGGCUGGUCCUCGACAUGCGCUCGCUCGCGGCGCCGUCCCGGCGCGCGCAGAUGCAGCUCGUCGUGCAGUGCCCCGACGGCGGCGGCGGCCGCCGCUGCUUCGCCGACGUCCCCGGCGGCGCGCUCUGGGAGGAGGUGCUCCACUGGGCCGUCGACAACCACGGGCUCGCCCCGGCGUCCUGGACGGACUACCUCCGCCUCACCGUGGGCGGCACGCUCUCCAAUGGCGGCGUCAGCGGCCAGUCCUUCCGCUACGGGCCCCAGGUGUCCAACGUGGCCGAGCUCGAGGUGGUCACCGGCGACGGCGAGCGCCGCGUCUGCUCGCCCUCCUCCCACCCGGACCUCUUCUUCGCCGUGCUCGGCGGGCUCGGCCAGUUCGGCGUCAUCACGCGCGCCCGCAUCCCGCUCCACAGGGCGCCCCAGGCGGUGCGGUGGACGCGCGUGGUGUACGCGAGCAUCGCGGACUACACGGCGGACGCGGAGUGGCUGGUGACGCGGCCCCCCGACGCGGCGUUCGACUACGUGGAGGGCUUCGCGUUCGUGAACAGCGACGACCCCGUGAACGGCUGGCCGUCCGUGCCCAUCCCCGGCGGCGCCCGCUUCGACCCGUCCCUCCUCCCCGCCGGCGCCGGCCCCGUCCUCUACUGCCUGGAGGUGGCCCUGUACCAGUACGCGCACCGGCCCGACGACGUCGACGACGACGAUGAGGAGGACCAGGCGGCGGUGACCGUGAGCCGGAUGAUGGCGCCGCUCAAGCACGUGCGGGGCCUGGAGUUCGCGGCGGACGUCGGGUACGUGGACUUCCUGUCCCGCGUGAACCGGGUGGAGGAGGAGGCCCGGCGCAACGGCAGCUGGGACGCGCCGCACCCGUGGCUCAACCUCUUCGUCUCCGCGCGCGACAUCGCCGACUUCGACCGCGCCGUCAUCAAGGGCAUGCUCGCCGACGGCAUCGACGGGCCCAUGCUCGUCUACCCUAUGCUCAAGAGCAAGUGGGACCCCAACACGUCGGUGGCGCUGCCGGAGGGCGAGGUCUUCUACCUGGUGGCGCUGCUGCGGUUCUGCCGGAGCGGCGGGCCGGCGGUGGACGAGCUGGUGGCGCAGAACGGCGCCAUCCUCCGCGCCUGCCGCGCCAACGGCUACGACUACAAGGCCUACUUCCCGAGCUACCGCGGCGAGGCCGACUGGGCGCGCCACUUCGGCGCCGCCAGGUGGAGGCGCUUCGUGGACCGCAAGGCCCGGUACGACCCGCUGGCGAUCCUCGCGCCGGGCCAGAAGAUCUUCCCUCGGGUCCCGGCGUCCGUCGCCGUGUAGAGCAAGGGGGGAGGACCAGCCAGCUGCCAGCCAAGACAGGAGGAGGAGGAGGAGGGGAGGCUGAUGGAUCGCCGCUGCUGUUGCCGGUAAUGAUGGCGAUUACGCUGCUGAUCCUGGUGAUGAUGAUGGACGAUCGAGGAAGCCGCAGGGCCGGGCAAUGAUGGCGAUAGGGCCACCGUUAGGUGUGCAUCCGGGGGCGCAAAUUAAAGGGAUUGCUGUGUGGAGAUCUGCACGAGUUUUUGCUCCAUGCAUGCUUGCCGUUCGUGUCCGCGUGUCCC